AAACUUUGUAGCUCAAAGUUCAGUGUCCCAACCCAAAUCAAGGUCUGCAAAUGUUUUUGCUGUUGUCAUUUUUGGGCUGUGGAGCAGAAAAACAAGCAUCUAACUUCAUUACGCUUCUCCCAACAGGGCCCACCUGAGAGUAUAAAAGCCUCAAGCUGAAGUACAAAAAAAUCAGUCUCAUUUUGGAGUGCUCGUUGACCCAAAAGGAGGGGGCUUCAACGAACCAAUCAUGGGGGACUCAAAGCUCUGCCUUUUGCUGCUCCUCAGUACAUCUGCCUUGACUUUUGCACAAGAUCGGGAUCAACCAACCUGUCUCUUGGCUCAAAGGUACAAGAGCCUACACAAGUAUGAAUACCAAUAUGAAGCUGAAUCUCUGAAUGCUAUCAACGGAGCCUCACAUCUCAAGAAUGGACACAAGGCUUCCUGCAAGGUUGAAAUUGAAGUGCCUCAGACUUGUAGUUUCAUUGUGCGCACUACUGGCUGCAGGCUGAGUGAAGUCGUUGACACGGACACACAGGGUAACCCUGUGUUUGCCAACAGCCCCAGCUCUGAUGCCUUUGCUGCUGAAAUGGAAAAGUAUCCCCUGAGGGUCGUGAUUGAGGGUUUGUAUGAUGUGAAACUGUACCCUGAGGACGGUGAAACAACAACUGUCCUGAACUUUAAGAGGGGUAUCAUCUCUGCACUGGCUGUUCCUGUGCUGGAAGAAGACAAGAACAAGAAUAUGCCUACAAUUCACGGCAACUGCAAGACCCACUACACAGUCAAUGCUAGAGAAGACAUUGCAACUGAUGUCAGCCUAAACAGGGAUCUGUCCAGAUGUGACAAAUUUGUCCCAAUGAGAGAUCACACCAGCCCCUUGGCUCUUAUCACCGGCAUGCACUACCCUCUUGCUCAGCUGAUCAGAAGCUCCCAAACCUGCAAUUACAGGUUUGACAAUGAGAAAAAACACAUGACCUUUGGGUCCUGCACCGAGAACCACAUCCUCAUUCCCUUCUCAUAUAAGAGAGAAUAUGGAGUUGCCAAUGUCGGAAAGCAAGAGCUCACGGUGGUUAAAGUUUCUCCUCACAAUGACAGAAUCUUUGCUCACGGUGUCAUUGUCAAGGAUCUCCACAUGGAGGCUGUUGAGGACAAGAGUUUUGUACAGGAUAAAGAUGCAGUUCUGAAUCUCCUGAGAGAACUGGACACUCUGUCUGAGAACGAGGGUGAGAAGAGGGCUUCCCUGUUCCACAAGCUUGUCUCAACGGUCCGUGGAAUGAAAACAGAAACCUUGAGCGCGGCACUCCCUGAGGCUCUUGCGGUAUCCCGAGUCCUCACCUACCAGGUACUGGCUCAAUGUGGAACGCCUGAAUGCAGCAGUGCCAUCAUGAAGAUCCUCAGGACCUUUGACACCAACGCUCUUGAGGUUGAUGCGACUGUCUUUGCUUUGGGACUCGUGUCCAAUCCUUCUGCACUCUUGAUCCACGAUAUGCUCGAGAUGGCCAAAUACAAACCCAGCAAGCCUGUCAUGUAUGCUCUGAGCAAUGUUGUAAAGAGGUUUUACAAGUCUGAAGGAAGGCAAAUUCCUGAGAUUCACUCUGUUGCGGAGUUCAUGGCUUCCCAGUUGGGUGAUUGCUCUGGAGACAAAGACAAAACUUUUAUGACACUCAGGGUUAUUGGAAACAUGGCUCCAGCUGUGGUACCUGCUAGUCCAGCACUCAGGACUGCUGUGAUCAACUGUGUGAACAAACCUACAGCUUCUCUGGCCGUGCAACAAGCUGCAAUUCAAGUGUACAGGCUGACCCCUCUCCCUGAGGAGGGCAGAGAGGAGUUUAUGCAGGUUCUUCUGGACAGCACUAGUCCCAUGCAAAAACGUAUUGCUGCAUAUCUGGUACUUAUGAAAAAUCCUCAGCUAAGUGAACUUGCCCGGGUGCAGAAUGCCUUGCCCAAUAUACAGGACCAACAAGUCAAGAGCUUUGUCAUCUCCCACAUUACCAACAUUUUGUCCUCAUCUGGGUCAGAGACUCAAGCGCUGAGACAUAAGCUUCAGAAUGCCAUUCAGGGUAAUGAGAUUGGGCCCAUUAUGGACCCCACAAAGUUCUCUCGCAACUAUAAGUUUGGAUCUUUGGAGGGCAAUAUGAUCUUUGAGGGUACAAGCUACCUGCCCAAGGAGGUCAUGCUUGAAAUGACUCUCAAGGCAUUUGGCUAUGACAUUGAUAUGGUGGAGAUCGGUAUGGAGGGGACAGGAUUUGAGCCAACUGUUGAAGCUUUGUUUGGAGAAAAUGGAUUCUUCCCUGACACUGCCAUGCAGACUAUGUAUUUUGUGUCUGACAACAUGCCACACAGGAUCCGCGAGGUCAUGCAGAACGUGAUCCCUGCUUUCAAGGCGGACCGGAUAAAUAGACAGAACCUGAUGAAGGAGAUCGGACAAAAUCUCAACAAACUGGUGAGAGAGCUGAAGACCAUGCAGUCUCCAGAGGCAAUGGUUUAUCUGAGACUUUUGGGAAAUGAGCUGGGAUAUCUGAAGACCAAUGAAAUGGAGGAGAUAGCCUACUCUGCUGCUACGAUGAUCAACAACAUGUUAAAGAUGUUCCCAACUGAUUUAAUUAGAGCACUAAUGGUGAACUCUGACAACACAAUCUUUGCCCACUACAUCUUCAUGGACAAUGAGUUCUUCCUGCCUACUGUCACCGGUGUGCCUCUGAGGAUUGCACUCUCUGGUACUUUUACACCCGGUAUCAAGGGUGGACUGAGGAUUGCUCGUGACAUGAGUGAAGUGACCUUCAUGCCCUCUGCUGGUAUUGAGUUUGCAACUCAGAUUGGCUCUCACAUCCCUGAAUAUGUCAACUCUGGAUUAGAAAUGCACACCAACAUUUUCCAUGAGAGUGGCCUGAAUGCCAAGAUCACCUUUGGUCGUGAUAAUAUUAAGCUGACCAUCCCUGCUCCAACAAGUCCAACAAAGCUCAUCAAAAUUACAAACAACCUUGUGGCUGUGACGGGAUCAGAGGUGAAGACCAUCCCUCCUAUGGUGAGGGACAAGGUUGAUGUUAGUGAGUGUAGUCCUGCCUUUGUGGGAAUGAAAUACUGCACUGCUCUGCAAUACAUUGACGCUUCCUCUCAGGAGACAGUGCCCUACUUCCCCCUCACUGGAGACAGCAAAUAUGUUGUGGAGCUGCACCCAACUGGUGAAGUUUCCGAGUACACAGCCACUAUUGCCUAUGAACUCCUCAGCGAGGGAGACAAUGACCGGCAGAAAGUUGAUUCCUUGAAGUUUAUUCUAAAAGCUGACGGUGCAGAGCCAACCGAAGCCACAGCAGUCAUGAAAUAUAACAGAAGGAGGCAUGUCAUCAGUGCCGACAUCCAGAUCCCUGACUACGAUGUAGAGGCUGGAGUUAGGCUGGGUGUUGUGGAUGGAAACACAAAGGGCAGAGGAACUCACGCCAUCUUUCUCAAUUUUUUAAACAAAAAUGUUCUUCAGCUCUCCCUGGUUGGUCGUGCCAAUCUGAAGGCUAUGAAGGAAGGUAUGCUCCAAGUCCAACUUGUGGUCCCAUCAAUCAGUGCUGAUGCUACUGUCACAGCUACAAUGAAACGUGAUGAAGAAGUGGAACUGGAGCUUGAGAGUGAAAUCAAGGUCAUGGAUGCCAACUCUCAACAGAAAAUCAAUAUCAAAUAUGAUGCCACAAAAAUUGAGGUUGAGGUCAAGUCGGAUGUGAACGCCAAGACCACCAUGUUGCCUAAGGGCGACUUGAUUAAAAAUUAUGGCAAUGAUCUUCUUGACAUGCAAGUGGCACAAACUGACAUGAAAGUUCGUCAUAUCUUCAAGAAGUUUGUGGAGGCAGCAAACAAUUACAUGGAAAAGUAUGGUGCUGAUUUCCCUUACAUUCAGAACUUCAGAUUGCCUGAAAUGCCAGAGAUUUCCCUACCAGAGACACUAUUCCUGAAUACUGAGGCAAUGGCCAUCUAUUACAUAAACAAUAAUCGCUUCACAAUUGCUAUCCCUGUGCCACUUGGAGGAAAGUCAACAGAAGAGCUUAACUUCCCACCAGCUUUGACCACACCAGGCCUGUCUCUACAGCAGUAUGGACUGGAAAUCCCCUCUAUGGAGAUUUCCAUCCCCGAGUUUGUUGUUCCUGAGAGCAUCACGCUAUCUAUUCCCUUGUUUGGUAGAGCUGAGGUUUCAACAGUGAUGAAAAGCAACUUAUAUGACACAGAGGCCUCUGUGGCUUUCGGCGUAGACCAAGAUGAAUCACAAAGCUACUCAGCUAAGUUUGUCAUCAAAGGAACCUCCCCAAUUGACAUUCUUUCAAUAAAGCUUGAAGGCUCUGGAAAAGUCGCCACUACCGAUUCCAUCAAAGCCCAAUUUGAAAGUUCUUUGGCCCACAGAUUCGUUGAAGCCAGGAUUAGCAUUGUUGAAGAUGCAAUCAUCUCUGAUGCAAUUAAUUUGAAAACAAACACCAAGAUAGAAGCCAGAAGUCCACUUGGUUUCAGUGUUGUCACAGAGCACACUGGUAUGGCUGGAAUAAACCAUGAGGAAAUGUCUGUUGACAACAAAUUUCAGGUGGCAUUUGAAGCUGGACCCAUUUAUGGCAAGACUCUCUCAAUCCAGUCCUUAACCAUCUUCCCAUUCAGGCCAGAAGUAAAGUUUGAUUCUAAUUUUCAGGUAGAUUCCACACUUGUUAAGGCCCUGAAUGUAAUUACAGGAACCUAUAUCAAUGGGGAAGUCUCAGUUGCGUCUAAAACCAGUGCUUUUGAUGUCAUCACUCACAAUGCUGAGCUUUCUAUCAGAGAUAGCAGAGUGAAACUGAUAUGUGCUGCAAAUGCCCUUGCUCUUGGCAUGAAGAUGCAAAAUCAGAUAGAAGCCUCUGCUGGUGCUGGUGAAGUCAUCUUGAGGAUGGAAACAAACACAGACUACUCUGAAAAUCAUGUUUACUCUUUGCUGACCGCCUCUCUUGAUGUCAAUGGUCUGGCUAUAAAUAGUGAUGCCAAUGUGAAGCUUCUUGAAAAUGAGGCUACUCAUAAGGUCAUUCUGAGAAUGAAUAAAGAUGGUUUCACCACAAAAGGAACAACUACUCUCCAUAGCCCGCUGUCCAUGGAAAACACCUUUGAUGCCGAGGUUGAUGCUACAAGAGCUACUCUAGCCAUUACCAACAGGGCUGCGAUGUAUGAAAUCAAGGUUGACAACACCAACAAUUUUACCUUAACUCUCUCCGGUCUUAACUUCAACUCAAAGGCUGAAGCCUCUGCAAGGGAUUAUGCCUCUUACACUCAUGAUAUCACCUUCGACCUGAACCCCCACAGUGUUUCUUCAAAUGUUAACAACAAUCUAAAUCUCCUGAGUGCUAACUUUAUUAAUCAGGCACAGCUGCAGGUAGGGCUUGGCAAGAUGGAUCUGAGUGGAGUUUUGAAAGCCAACAAUGGUGAAGAAGAGCUCAAGCACACCUAUCAGAUCAGUUAUGGUGACAUGAGUGCUAAUGCAAAGUGCAGCACGACUGGAAAAUUCCUUGGAACUCACAUGAACCACAACACUGAAGUUGAAGUUGUCGGCCUUGUUGCCAUGAUUACCAAUGAUGUCCGCUUUCACUCACAACCGGUGCGCUUAAGCCACACUGUGCGUUGCAAUAUUGCUCCUUUUGAUUUCAACUUGGAUGCCAUAUUGAAUGCUGAAGGAGAUAUGGCCAUUUAUGGAAGAGAGAGUGCCCAGAUCUACAAUAAGUUUCUCUUUAGAGCUCAGCCCAUGGCUCUUGCCAGCUCAAAUGAAGGCAGGGCAUCCGUAACCCAUCAACUGAAUAAUGGGUUUUCCCUUGAGACCACAUUUGACAACAAGAUGAUUACUACUUUGUCACUCCAAGAGCAAAGGACUAGUUUUAAAUUUAAGUCUAAAAUGAAUGAGCACACCUUUGAUCAGAACAUAGAUGUUUAUAACACUGCUGAGACAACUGGAAUUGAGGUUUCUAGUACAAUCCUUACAAACAUUAUUAACACAGCUUCCACAGACAACCAGGAGUUCACUGUCUCUGGCUUACUCAAAUAUGACAAGAACACAGAUAGUCACAUAAUUCAGAUUCCAAAUCUGUUUGCCCUCCUGGAACACAUCAAGGGAUUUCUUUUGAAUGUUGUAGAUGAACUGCAGCACUACAUCAACAAUGAUAAUAUAAGGGCUAAAGUUGAGGCUCUCCCGCAACAUAUAAGUGACCUACUUACUGAAUUGAAUAUAGAAGGCAAGAUAAUUCAACUGAAAGAGCUUUUCAGUCAUUUAAUUCAGAAAUAUACUAUCUCCAUGAAUGAUGUGGAAACAUUUUUGAGGAACCUAAAUGUUACUAUUAAGAAACUACUAGCUAAUCUCUCUGUUUACAUCCAGAACUUUGUUGAUGUGGUGAAUGAAACUAUUUUUAGUGGCAAUUUCCCUGAAACCACCAUUCAAGCAAUCCAGGAAUGGCUGAAUAACCUUAAUGAGGAAUAUGAUAUUGAGCCCAUUAUUGCAUAUGCAACUGAAACCAUAGGAGAAAUCAUUCAAGUGUUUGACUUGGAAAGACUAAAGGGCAGCAGCUUUGCAUUCCUACAUGAUAUUGCUGGCAAGGAUGAAAUCAAAGCCAAACUACAGUCAAUCCUCAGAGGUAUAAAAGAAACAUUGGAGAUUUUUGUUGCUGAGCUAAAGAGCUUCACGUCAUCCUUAAAAGCUCAUAUCGAGUUAUUAACGAGCUACAUUCCCACGGAAAUUGUCAGCCACAUAACAGAUUUUAUUCAGAAAAUUAUUCAGGACUUUGAUAUUGUAAAUAAGCUUAACACAAUAACUUCCAAAUUAAGUGAACUGAUUGCAAAGCUUGAAGCUGACAAAAAUUUUCUAGCAAUCUUAGAUAAAGCUGUGGAGGUCGUGAAAAACAUCAAGAUUGACGAAACCAUCACUAAUCUCGCUACUGUCAUAACAAACUUUUAUCGUUUUUUAAUGGAUUGCCAUGAGUUUACUAUCCACUACUGGAAAAGAAAUGAAGUAAAAGAAAUAAUUCAGGAAAUUAACAUGUUUAUUGAAAUGAUUGUGGAAGAGCUUCAAUCGUUUGAUUAUAAAAACUUCCAGGAGUUUGUUAAUCUGUCUGCACAGAUCAUGAAUGAGAUUAUUAGAAAACAUGAAAUUCUUCUUGGGGCAAUAAGAGAUUUUGUCAAUACGGUGUUAUUGUCUGUUCGAGACCUUUCAGAACACUUAAGAGAAAUCAAAGUAGCUGAAGUUUUUAAAACUCUAAUGGAUAUCUUCGAUGAAGUUGUGUUUAAUACUCUUACGAGAGUUGCCCAACUUGUCAAAGACAAAAUUACAAGCCUUGAUAUCCCAACUCAGCUUGACAUCCCCGAGUUCACUAUCUUUGGGUUACACACUGUUAAAGCCACCACAAUCUCCACUGAUGACAUCAAGCAGAGAAUUAUUGAACUUAUUGAUUUAAUUGUAAAUUUUAAGAUUAGCAUGUUUGACAUGGAUGCUUUCUUUGGAGAUUUGACGAUGAACUACUUUCCUUCCAUCCCUGAGGUAACCCUCCCAGAGAUCACUCUUUCUCAGAUCUCAUUCCCCAAAAUUCCACAAGUCCCUACAGAAAAACUUGCCAAGUUUCUUCAAGUCCCUGAAAUAAGCUUUCCAACCAUUCCAACUGAAAUUGUAGUCCCAUCUUUUGGUAAACUCUUUGGUGAACUCAAACUCCAGACUCCCAUCUACACAAUGGAGACAUCUGCUGAGUUUAAGAACGCAACUGAGAAUGCAAUGACGCCUCAAUUCAAGGGAUUUUUCACUUCCAUUGGAAACUCUCCAAAUUUUGAAAUUCUCAAUUACAAACUAGAUUCCACUGCUCGCAUUGCAAUCCCAAAAAUGAGACGCGUUGUCUUUGGAGAGACAGUAAAGUUCAGGCAUAAUUUUCUUGGAGUUGAACAUCAGGCAUCUGUGACUCUCUAUGGCCUAUCAGCUCAGGCCCAAGCAAAGACUGGAAUUAAGGUCACUACUAGACCUUACACUUCUACCUUUGUAAACACAGCCUUUAUUGCUAGGGAAGGGGGAAUGACUGCUUCUCUUGAUACAACAUACACACAUUUAGUGGACAUUCAAUAUGACAAGAAUGUCAUUCUCAGUAAUGAGGUAGCUCUAAAACAGAAAUCACUUGUUCGCCAAGAUGGCUACACACUUACUCUAACAGCUGACAAUACAGGAACGUUUAAUGGUGAUGACAGCCACAACAGCAAGUUAGAGUUGUCAUUUUCUCCCAGCAUUGUCACCAUAUCUUUCAGUGGUGACACAGACUGUUCCAUGUUAAAGAUGAAACAACAUAUUAGUGCUGAAGUUAGCACAUUUUCCUACUUCAAGUUUAAUGUUCGCAAUGAAGCAGAAGCACCAAUUAUUAAGAACAGUCUUCUUGUUGCAUCUGGUUAUGCAAACCUUCAUGACAUGAAGGCUGAGUUGAAAGCAAACAAAGACACAGAACUCUAUGGUGCAGUCACUGGUAGACUUUCCAAUGCAAUAAGCGUUAUAGCUCACCCUGGUGAGUUUUUCUUUGACUUUCAAAACAAAGGAAAUGUUAAGGUCAACAGUUUUGAAUUUUCGACUGCUAAAAUAGAACUACAGAAUGAUUACUUGGCCCACAUCAGUCCUGACAGUCAAAAGAUGAAUACAGUCAUUCUGACUCGUUUUAACCAGUACAAAAUCUUGUACAACUUCACUCUUGAAAAUAAUGUAAAUGAAGUUGGAAUCUUCGCUGCCAUGGAUAGUGAGGCCAGUCUUGACUUUCUGAAAUACCCCAUCAGUAUUCCUGAGAUUGAUCUGCCUUUUGUUGACUUUCAUACUCCUGCCAUCAAUGAUCUGAACUUGUAUGAUCAGGCUGGAUUGGACAACAUUUUGACUACCACUGACCAGUCUCUGGAUGUGAAUACUAAGAUUGUUUACCAGAAAAGCAAGGCAGCCCCGCUUGCUGAUAUGAUGGGCUUGAUCCAAAUUCCCUAUGUGGGCAAUCUAAUAACAGAACUCUCUGUCAAGUCUGCCAUUAUUAAUCUGAUUGCUAAUGCCAGAAUGUAUACAGAAGAUGAUCUUGUGUUCCGUCUUGAAGCUACCACAACCUCUAUGUUUGAGGACCUUCAAGUCAAACUUGCUGGCACUACUAGUCUUACCACCAAGAGGGGAUUCAAGAUGGCUAACUCCCUGUCCCUAGAAAACACUCGUAUUGCAGGAACUCAUGACAGCACCAUCACUCUGAGCGCUGAUACUUAUGAUACUGAAGUCUCUGUGGCAACAGUUGCAAAUAUUGCCCUGCCAAUACUAGACAUGCAAGCAAACCAAAAACUGGAUGCAGACACAAAAACCAAAGCAAAUGCUAUUUCCACCUUGAGGAUAAGUGGUAAUUUGAAUAUUCCUGUGAUCAAAACUGUUGGAAAGGCUGAGGCAGACCACAGUCUGAAGCUUGAAGGAACCUCUGAUUAUAUUUCCAUGGAGUCCUCUACUAAAGCAAACAUGGAUGGCACAGUCUAUGAAGACUACUUUCUUUAUGGAAUGCUAGAUAACGAAGCUAAUGUGUUCCUGAAUAAAGACGCCCUGCGCUCAACUUCUAAAGUUAUUAGUGAUACCAAGUUUAACCAUGGUACAACCAAAGUCAUUGAUAUGGAUGUAAAUGAGAAUCUUUCCAUUGAAGCCUCCAUGAGCCAUUUGUAUGCAGUGCUGACGUAUACUGGCAACAAUGAGGCAAACCUGUUCAACUUCAAUACCAAAGGGAUUCAUAUUGCCCAAGCCAAAAUGGAUUUUGCACCAGCCUCCUUGACUGUUGAUAUUAACAUUGACGUGUCUCAGCCAACCAACAUGGGUGACUUUGCUCUCUCUGAGAAGACUGUUGUUGAAGUAACAGCUACCAAGCAGCACAUCUUUACUAAUUCUACGCUUGUCAGCCCACUGUACACUACAAGCAUGGCAGCUGAAGUAGAAAGCCGUGCUCCUGUCAUCAGAGCAGUUGCCAAGUCCUCUGCAACCUCUGCUUUUGUGAUCUUGGAAUACAACAUGGAUGCUUCUUCUACUGUAAACUUUGAGAAUGAAGCUUUCAACAUGAUUAGCCAAAUCACACUGACACAUGCUGACCUGACUGUGAAUGCCAACCAUGCCAUUAUGCAAGCUAUGAGUGUUCAACAACAUGCACUGAACGUGAACUUCACCAGUCAUACUUUCACUGAUGUGAACCUUCAAUAUGCUACACACAGCAAUGGUAUCAGUGCCUCAGUAUCUUCUCCAGCCACUGGCCUUCUGGGCCUUCAGUUCAGUCGUGCGGUCCCAUCCCAGAUGAGUGCAAAAGUCUAUGGCCGUUACCCUUCUGCCCCAGAGGUUGAUGUUGACAUCUUGGUCAUCAGAUCUACUCCCAAGGAUAACAACAAGAUGAAUCUACAGAUUGUUUACAACAUGGAGACACCCACAGCAAUACUCUCUCAGAUCAAGAUGAGACUUCCUUCCAUAAUUUCAACAUUCAAAGACUUUACUGACAAGUAUCAGUUCACAGGGUACAUGGAGAUGUUAAAGGACUCUGUCAUUAACCACAUCAAUGAAGUCUAUAAUGCUGCAACCAAUUAUGAUGUUCAAAUGAGCCAGCUGUCAAUUAUCUUCAGGAACAUAAUUGUACAAUACCAGAAAACUGUCCAGGUCUUCCUAAAUGCUGUCAUUAAGGUUUUAAGGGAGACCAGGUUCAAAGUGCCUGGGUCAGAUGAGAUGACCACUCUCCCUGAGGUCUUAAAGAAGCUAACUAGCAGCAUUGCUGCUAUGCUAGAAGUAACCAUUCAGAUUAUCUAUGAAAAAAUGGAGGCCACCUAUAACUUUUUUGUUGAAAGGUUGAGCAAUGUGAAAAUGCAGAUGCCGGUUGGUGAUGCAGUCACUGGAGGGCAGAUCAUAGAUCAAGUCAAAAAAGUUUCCAAGAAAAUCUUUGAGGAAAUGGUGAAUUUUGUAAAAAACAUGGAGAGUCUUGACACAAUGCUAGUGAAAAUAGGUGAGACCCUGGAGGCUAUUGUUGAGAAAUUGCAGGAAUUUGUAGACUCUCUCAAGUCAGAUUAUUUAGAUGAAAUGUUUGGCAAUAUCAAUCAUCUCUAUCGUAACUUUGUCACGGUCCUAAAGAACAUAGUUGACCAGAUCUCUGCUAUGGAGUUCAACAUGGUGUGCGAGUACAUUAUAAAUGUGUUCAUGUAUGUAGUACAUGAGUUCAAUAAUAUGGUUCAGGGGGUUCUGCAGCAAGCUUCUGAGGAAGUUCAAGCCCACGUGACAGUCAGAGAUGGAAAGCUUGAGAUUGACCUUCCAUUUCACUUUCAACAGUAAAGCAUCAAAGAGUGAAGCCUAAGUACAUAGGAAACACUACCAUCCAUUCAGAGCACAUUCUUGGAAAGAAUACGGAUAAAUAGCUUUUCAAUAUUUAUAACAAUAAGUUCAGCAGAUACACCGGCUACACCAUUUAUGAAGAUGGAUUAUUUUGUAGAAACACAUGUAGAACAUGUAAAAUGUUGUUCAAACUCACCUUCCAGCAUAGACUGAGAAGCAUUAAUAAAAUCCAUUAAUGCAGUCUGUAAA